AUGGGUGCCAAAGCGAAGAAAGCUCUGAAGAAGAAUAUGAAGAAGAUUUCAGCUUCGGCUGCUGCUGCUUCUUCUUCUCAGCUAGCUGUUCCCCAGAACCCUAAACCAUCGGCUGAUUUUUUGCCACUAGAAGGCGGUCCAGCUCGCAAAGCUCCAGUGACCAAGCCUCUUGAGAAUAAGGCCACGGUGCUAUACAUCGGUCGAAUCCCUCAUGGGUUCUAUGAGACUGAGAUUGAAGGUUUCUUCCAGCAAUUUGGAACAGUUAAGAGAGUUAGAGUUGCUCGAAACAAAAAGACUGGGAAAUCAAAGCAUUUUGGGUUCAUUCAGUUUGAGGAUCCUGAGGUAGCUGAAAUCGCAGCGGGUGCAAUGAAUGACUAUCUGUUGCUCGAGCACAUGCUUCAAGUCCAUGUCAUUCAACCAGAGCAUGUCAAACCAAAUCUGUGGAAAGGGUUCAAGUCUCAGUACAAACCAGUGGAUUAUGUUCAGAUCGAGCGUAAACACCAUAACAAGGAAAGGACAUUGGAAGAGCAUAGGAAAUUGUUGCAAAAAGUAAUGAAACGGGAUAAGAAAAGGAGAUCGAGAAUCGAAGCCGCUGGAAUAGAAUAUGAAUGCCCCGAGCUUGUUGGAAAUACCCAGCCAGUCCCGAAGAAGAUCAAGUUUGAUGAAGACUAG